GAAGAAAAUUAAAUCUUCAAUCAGAAGAAAUUGUUAAUAAUGAUAAUCUAAAUUUAAGAUAACUAUUUUUCACUGUGAGAACUUAUUACUUAACAGUGGAACGUAUCACAUAAGCUAGUAAAUUAUCGACUGACAAGUUAAAUCAGAUAAUAAGUUGAUAUUCUUAAGGUCCACUUGAUCUAAAGAUACCCUUUAAUUUAUAAAUAAUUAAAGAUUAAAUCAUCGACGAUGUCAAAAAAGCCUGGAGCUACUCAAGCUAUGCAUAAAGUUAUUAUGGUUGGAAGUGGAGGUGUUGGAAAAUCUGCACUAACUUUACAAUUCAUGUAUGACGAGUUUGUUGAAGAUUAUGAACCUACAAAGGCAGAUUCCUAUAGAAAAAAGGUUGUAUUAGAUGGAGAAGAAGUACAAAUAGAUAUUUUAGAUACAGCAGGACAAGAAGAUUAUGCAGCUAUUCGAGAUAAUUAUUUUCGCAGCGGAGAAGGAUUUCUCUGCGUAUUUUCUAUAACAGAAGAUGACAGUUUUCAAGCAACACAGGAGUUUAGAGAACAGAUUCUCAGAGUAAAAAAUGACGAGAACAUUCCAUUUUUAUUAGUGGGAAAUAAAAGUGACCUGCAAGAGAAAAGGAAAGUCAGUUUAGCCGAGGCACAAGACCGAUCACAACAGUGGGGCGUACCUUAUGUAGAAACAAGUGCAAAAACAAAGGAAAAUGUUGAUAAGGUAUUUUUUGAUUUAAUGCGGGCAAUAGCUGCUCGUAAAGCGCAAGAAAAUCAAGUGGACGGUGAUGAACGUAAGAAAAAGACAAAAUGCUGCAUCUUGCUCUAACAAAGUAAUAAUAAAUUAAACAAAAAACAAAACAAAAAACGAAAUGAAAUGAAAAGAAAAGAAAUGGAAAAGUAUAUAGCUUAUAUGUAAGAAGACAUCUAACGCCCAAUUUCUGACAACAUACAUAAAAGAACUGUAUUUAUACACAUUUUGUGACACUAUACAUAGUUAAUGUGACAAUUUAUAAUUUUUAUUAUAAUCUUUAUCACCUAUUAAAACGUUAAGAAACUACUGAAUGUGUAUUGAAGCUUUAGCAAAACGUAGAUAGGCUUAUAAUUAUAUACUCUAAUAAUACUGAAGAGUGUUACUACAACUUGUCCUUAUCGAGAGACAUAGUUCCUAUCAUGAGAAGUUUGCAAUACAAUUAAAUAGAUCGUAGAAUUUGUUUGGCUAGAAGACACUAAUGAGUAGUUUUCUAUGGAGCGUGAGAAAAAAAAAAAAGAUAAAUGAGGAAGUAAAAGUAAUACUUGACGGUAUGUACACAUUUGCGAAUAAACAUUUUUUAUAAUUGCAAGCAUAUCUCGUAACAUAUUAACACAAUUAAUGCUUAACAAAAUUCUUACAUCUUCUUCUUCUUCUUCUUCUUCUAAGAAUAUUAAGAAUUAAAUUAAUUAAUUCUUUCUUUUUUUCUGUUUAUUUUUUCAAUGUAUUAUUAUUGCUAUUAUAAAAAAAAAGAAAUUUAACAGCUGUGAAAUACAGAAGAUUUCGUUUCCUGUAAUGUAUAAUUAUGUAUACAAUUAUGACGCUAUUAUUUUUAUUAUUAUUAUUAUUACUUUAUUGCAACAAAUAUUUUUUGUUAUGAUAUAAAACAGCUUCAUUGCAUUUAUACAUUAUGUCAUCGUAAGAUAAUAAAGAUAUUGCUCUCAUUUUGAGAUAAAAGGUCCAAACUUUGAUCUUAAGUGGAAACAAAAGCAAAGAAGUGCACACGUAUUAUGAGUGGUGGUGUUCCUUAUAUUAAGGGGAUUACUAUGUAACUUUAUUCAUACAACGAAUGAUCACAAAACUUUUGGCACAAUCAAUUAUAACAUUACUUAUAAAUUAAAACAAAUCUUUUUUUUUCGCUGGGUGAAUUAUUAUUAUUAUUACAAUCAAGUGUGUUUUAUCUUAUAAGUGUUAAAAUUGAAGUUAACUUUAUGCUUAUUAUUUAUGACCAAUAAAAUUUUUACUUGAUAAUUA